AUGACGUCAGUCUACGAGAGCCUCCUUUCCGAAUAUCCGAACAAAGGAGUCGUCGGAAAACCAGAGGUGAAAUUUGAAAAAUGUCCAGCACUUUACUUUUUCGCUCUCACGUUUUCUCCAAUAUUCACCCGAAACGUCGUCACUCUCAGGUGCUCGACAGUGAAAUCGUGGCGACGGAGAAGCUGAAACGUCUGCACGAGCACUUUGUGGCGGCGAAGAACACGGGGAGGCCGGUGCUGGUGCUGAUCGGCGCCGGAGUGAGCACCGGAUCGAGACUGCCCGAUUUCCGCGGCAAAAACGGAGUGUGGACCCUUCAGAAGCAGGGGAAAGAGGCGGAGGGCGUCGAGUUUCACAGGGUUCGUGUUUUGUGAACAACAGAACAAUUUUCUCGAAGAAAUUAUACAAUUCAGUGUUCAAAUGUGGCAUUUUUGAGAAACCCCUCUUUUUGUGAGCUUCGGAGCCUAAUUUUGCAGCCGCGAAACGAGUUUCAGCUGUUUUUCAUUUGAAUUCUGGAAGAUUGUUCGCUGUUUUUAAUUGGAGAUCACAAUUGCAAAACGUUUUUCUCAAAAAUUGUGGAAAAUCUCGAGAAACCCUCUUAUUCUAGGCUCGUCCGGGAGUCUCGCACAAAUCGAUACUGGCCCUUCACCGCGCCGGAUACAUCAAAACGGUAAUAACUCAGAACGUGGACGGAUUGGACCGAAAAGUGGGAAUACCGGUUGAGAACCUGGCCGAAGUGCACGGAAAUCUAUUUCUGGAAGUGUGCUCUACUUGUGCAAGGUUCGUCGUUUUUUUUUUGGGGAAACUGAAAAAGUAGUGUGCUAUUUUGCAGAGAAUACGUGCGCGAAUCGAUUGUGAUGAGUGUGGGCCUGAAGGCAACAGGCCGCGCGUGCGAAGGAAAUGCAAAAACGGGCCGUCCGUGUCGCGGAAAACUGAGAGACGCCACGUUGGACUGGGACUCGGCCAUCGAGCAAAAACACUUGGAGAUGAUCGACUCGGCCUGGAAGGUUCGAGCGGCGAAAAAACAUUCAAAAUUGUGCUGAAAACAUUCGGAAUUUGCAGGAAAGUUCGCACUUGCUGUGCGUCGGCACCUCUCUCGAAAUCAUUCCGAUGGGUGCGUUGCCGAAAACGGCGAAGAAGUUCAACAUUAAAACGACGACGGUCAACUAUCAGGAGACUGCCCAGGUUCGCACUUUUUCAACGAUUUACUACUCGGCGCCAAAAAAACAUUUGUCUGUGCAGGAAAAGAUAGUGGAGACGGCGAUCCACGCGGACGUCAAACUGAUUCUGUACUCGCUGUGCGUGGCGCUCGGAGUUCAAGUCGACCUAGAAGACGUGCCCGACGAAGUGCCCACUCCCCUCACUUUCUGA